UUCACUCCCCCAAAAGUCAUUGGUUGAGCUGGAGAAACGAAGAUAAGGUGCUGCAGGCCAUAAGUCUAGAAGUUAUACAGGGAAGCACAUUCAGGUUGAUAUGGAUAUCUUCACAGGAGGAUUAAUGAUGUUUGAAGUUGGCCCUUGUGAGAAUUCUUACCUAAUGGGAUUCUUGGUAGGCCAAAAAUUCUCAAAACAGAUAAAAAACAGAGUUGCCACUGACCUUAUUUUGCAGCAGCAGCUCCUUCCUUUUGCCAGAACACCUGGGUCUCAGCCACUCAUCACAGCUUUAUCUGAAAAUAAUAGUAAAAAAUUUCCAAACUACUGGGAUGAACUCUUAGGCACUGCUGAUGGAAGCGGCGUGCCUCUCCUUGAUAUUACAUUACUCAACUUCAGAAAGGAGAUAUUGCCAUAUGUUACUGAGACUGUAACAAGACUGGAUGAUAAUGCUUUCGACGACUGUUCAGAUGUACUUGUGGUCAGUGACUCAAUGGCCAUUGCAGCUCAUAAUGAGGAUGCAAAUGUUGCCCUACUAGGCCACACAUAUCUGAUUAGGGGAUCCUUGCACAAUGGUGUGUCCUUCACAGCCUACACAUAUGCAGGAGAGCUUCCAAGUUGUGCAUUCGGGUUUAAUAAUCGUGGGAUGGCAUUUACACUGAAUUCAGUACCACCAUCUAAAGAUGAAAUUGUAGCUGGUGGCAUUGGAAGAAAUUUCGUAUCUAGAGACCUACUUGAAGCAACAAGCAUCGACGAUGCAUUACAUAGAAUUGAAUCUUCAGAAGUUUCUGUUGGGCAUAGCUAUAAUCUGAUUGACAUGAAGUCGCGUAGGAUUGUGAAUGUUGAAACUGCGUCAGGGAAAAGAUUGUCAGUAUGUGAAAUUGGAGCAACUCCAUUCUUCCAUGCCAACAUGUAUCUUCAUCUCCAAGUUGAGCAGACACAUGAUGAGAACUCAAUAAGCCGACAAACAAAAGCAGCUUCAUUGCCAAAAGAAACAAAACAAGAUUUUCUUUCACUCCUCGGAGACAUGGAUGAUCCAAAAUACCCUAUAUAUAUGACAGGUCCUACGCUUCAUACUUUGUGCACGGCCAUAUUUGAUUUGGAUAAACAGACCAUGUCAAUUAUUGUAGGGAAUCCAAAUAAAGGGGAGACAUCUCAUGUCUUCUCAAUGUGUUACGAGCCAGCUAAACAAUGAAAGAACUUGUCAACAAGGUUAGUAUUGAUGACUGUUGUACUAGAUACAACAGGUGGUGGGACAGUAGAAAUGGAGUUUUGUUUAGGUCUUCUACAGGCAAGUUAAUUAGUUAAGAGUUGGUCUGUAUUCACAGAGAAUUCUAUUUGUUAGCAUCACUAUUUGAAUGCUUCAUUUUAUACUAGAACUCAAAUUAGAGACUUUCUUUC